AUGGCGGGCUUCUUUCCCCCUCACAAGCGCUCUCAAGAACAACUUCCCCCACCUCCACUUGCAAACCAACUCGGACCGAGUACCACUCUGUCUGCGAUGAAAAACGAAUCGAGUGCCAUCCCACCCCCCUCAGCAGUCUCGAAACCGCCCUCAAGGGCUAAAACUCGAUCCCCAAGUGGUUCGCGAAUCAAAGAAUCUAUCAACGGUCUCGUCCAUCGAGUCAAGGAGGCCAUGAGUCCACCCCCAUCAGACACCAGCUUGAACACCACUCGUCGGGGCAGAUCACCUGACAGAAGGCAGUGCCAAACUGCCUCGACUGGACGUGGAGGAGCCGGCAACAUGGUCUCCUCGAAGAGCCGAGAGGGUGCCAAAAUCUCUGGCCAGCAGGAGCACCAGGCUGGCGAACGCUUCUUGAAGAAACAGGCAGAUUUGCCCCGUUCCCAUGGCCGCGGAGGAGCGGGUAACAUCCGCAGUCCCAGCCGUGACGUUAAAAAGAGGGCCGAAGAACAAAAUCGGAUCAAGAUAUUAGAGGAAGAGGAGAAGGCAAUCGAAGCCUCAUACGACGAUCGCCAUAAACUUGAUACCGUCCAUGUAGGCAGAGGCGGGGCUGGUAACAUGAUACAUUAA